AUGAACGAACAAAAUCAAUCAGAAAACGACUCGGAAAGGAGUGGCCAAGAAAAUUGUUAUUUAGAUGCGUUGAGCGGUCUCACAUAUGGAUAUGCCUUUUCCGUCUUCUCAACAUCCAUCGGCCAGAGCGUCUUCUAUGCUUAUUUUGACUUGUCCACCAGUGGCCCGCGUGCCGGCUACACAAACUCCGUGCUAGGCGCCAUCAAUGCCCUCUUCUCGGUCGGUGCCGCCUCUGGCGCCCUCCUCCCUAUUGCCUGGCUGCCCAACUAG